GCUGUCACACCUCACUCGCUGGCACGCAAGCCACGAGUUUUGAAGCCUCCAGUCUCCUAUCCUUUCUCUUCGCUUUCUCUCUUUCCUAGCUAUCAUGGACCCUGGCAACCAGCAAGAUAUUCCUGUGAGGGUGCUGGACCCCACGAAAGAAGUCUGCCCGAACUACGCCUUGGCUCCCUUCGCGGCCAUUCGCCAGGCAAUGACGGCAGGCGGUGCCAUGACGGAGGAGCAAGCCGUCCAGACCUUGCGAGAUGGUUGGCAGGAGCACCAUGCUCAGCAUCUUCAGGCGUGGCACGACCAGUGUCGAGAAGACCAGCGUCGCGAGGACGAGGAAGCACAGCGGAGACGCAACGAAGACGAAGCUCGCCUCGCUGAGGUACGUCGCGAAGCAGCAGAAGAGCAGAAGGCCCUCGACAAGAAGAAGCCGAAGCUUGCGACAGUGGACCCCUCUCGAGGUCCUCCCACCCAGCUACGACAACGGGUCCCAGAUUACGCGCGCGAGAAACUGGCCAAACUUGCUUUCGUCGAACUUGACUACUUCACGGCUCAUUCCCGCCAAGUCGCAGAAACCCAAACCAGAAGCACGCUCGACGAGGCGUACACCAUCGUUCGGAACGACGCCGGGCUCAGCCUCGCGUCCGUGUCCUCGCAGCGCGCCAUGAAGGGCAUCCGUCGCGACGCAUCCCUCCCUUUUCGGGAGAUGGUCAUUGCGUGGCCGGUCUUCAUCCAGACCAUCACGGAUCUUCCGGCGUGGCCCCGGCCCUUGGUCAAAGCGUACAUGGACUUCUUCCUCGAGAUUGUCGGUCACCGCGACAGCCAGAACGAAAUCGGGCAAGAAGCCCUCAUGCUCUAUAUCGAGGAAGUGCGCAUGGAUUGGCACGAAAAGAUCAUCGCCAAAAAUGUCACGGACGCAACGUACGACAUCAGCGAGUUCGCGCCUAAGCUGUACGAAGAAUGCAAAGCUGAGAUACACUCAAAUCGCGCUCGGGCCCUCAUUAACCAGGUAUGUCAAUCGCCCUUAUUCGCCGACACACACUAACUGUCAUCUUUCUCCCUCUCUUCACCAUCGAAACACUGACGUCUUUCACCCACGACCCAUACGAACAUGCGACACCAACACGCGCGUUACGACCGGCGUGGUCUUGCGUUCACGGCUGGCGCGGUCUUGCUUUUGCGACCGGCGGGGCCUUGUGUUUCAUGACCGGCGUGGUCUCGCAUUCAUGGCCGGCGUGGUCUUGUC